CUCCUUACUAUACAUACAUUCGCCCAUUCGCAUGAUGAACCCUUGCAUGCCUUGUACAUGUUCAUCCUAUCCUAUUUCUACACAUUAUGCUUCCACGUCGCCACGGCACGACUUGCUUCCGUCGACUUUGACAGUCGACGAUGUCGAUCAUCGUAUCAUUACAUAGCGAUCCAGCGUUGUUCUACCUUCUUUCUUUCUGAUUUACUCCCUCUUAUUAUACAUCCUGAUACCAUUCGUGAAUGUACUGGCACACAUGUCGACUAUUACCAUCUACUACCCAACAGGCUACUACUACUUUUUCCUUUUUAUGCAUUACUCCUGACAAAACGAUAGACGUGGCGGCUCUCUGUUUUGUGACUCAUUCUACUUCACUUUCUGAGAUUGUAUUCUAUUUACUUUUAUCAUAUACAGGCUGUUAUACAGUGAUCCCAGAGCGAAUAUACUAGACAAUAAUACAAAACAGGG